AUGCAUAAUUUACAAGAGAUUGUACAACCUGCCAGUGAUAAAUCUGUUAAGUCAACGAAGGAUUUAAAUCUACUCUAUGAUAUUUAUGGAAACAAUCAUACAGAGAAAAGACGUAUUAUUAACUUCUCUAAACGCUUCCCUCCUCAUCCUGAUUAUGUUUUAUCUGUUUUGUCACCAAAACAAAUAUACCCAGACAUAGAAUCUAAAAGUUUGAUAAAAGUUGGUCUACAGCCAGAUACAUCUGUUCUUAUAUGCAUGGUAGAUGGAUGUGAUGUUUCAUUCUAUAUAACAAACUGUUUUGCAAUUCCAAAUAUUAAUUUUCAAGUAACUCGUCAAGAAAAUACGGCAUGGAUUUAG